AUGGCCCGAAGGGCCGUAGUGGACGAGGCUUGCACUGAGCUUUUGGCCUCGGAUGCGGAACAGGGAGUCCCAGACUCCUGCCUCGCGGACUACGAGCAAUUCUUUUCGCUCACGGACGACUUGAUCGCGGCGGGGGCCAAUUAUGCUAGUGAAGCGCGUGAAGCUCGACUGAGUGGCCUGCCCGAGCCCCCUCGGAAGCAGCCUACUCAGCCGGAGCUGUUGGGACAACUCCCAACUCUGGACCUGCCAAGGUUCUCCGGGGUCCUCUCCGACUGGCUGACCUUUGUUGGCCUUUUUGAUAGCCGAGUGGACGCCCGGAGGGACUUGACACCAAGCCAGAAGAUGGCGUAA